AUGGAUAGAAACAUUCUUGAUUCUGCUAGUGGUGGAGCACUUGUCAAUAAAACUCCAGUUGCUGCUAAAGCCCUGAUUGAGAACAUGUCACUCAACUCCCAACAAUUCACAACCAUAAAUAAUUCUAUGGUCCAAACAAAAGGUGUGAAUGACAUUCAGGUUUCCUCUUCCAACAAGGCUUUAGAAACCAGAAUUGAAGAGCUUACUUCUUUAGUGAAACAAAUGGCAGUGAGUAAACCUCAAACAACAAAGUUGUGUGGUAUUUGUACUUCUACUAAACAUCCUACUGACACAUGUCCUAUUCUUCAAGAUGAUUCUGUCACUCAGUUGCCUCAAGCAUAUGCAGCUAACUUUUUCAACCAAAUCAACAAUCAAAGAGGGUACAAAAUUCUUGACUUGUCCACCAACAAAUAUCAUCCCAAUUGGAGGAACCAUCCAAACCUUCGAUAUGGAAAUCAACAGCCCAUCCAACAACAAUUAGUCAUACCCCUGCCACAACCACAAACCACUCCCCAAGUCUCCACCUAUGCACCUUCUAGACCUUCAUUGGAGGAUCUUGUCAAACAAAUGGUUGUUAACAAUCUUCAAUUUCAGCAACGAACAAAUUCCAGUAUUCAGAAUUUGCAGACACAGAUUGGACAGCUUGCCACUUCGAUGAAUGUCAUGCAGCAAGACCAAGGAUCAAACCAACUUCCUGCCCAAACAGUUGUGAAUCCAAAAGGCCCUAAUGCUAAUGUGAGUGUAAUUUCCUUGAGAUCUGAGAAGGUAACAGAACUAGCCCUAGAAAAAAAUAAAAAAAUUCUUGAGGUAACACCUGAACCUUCUUCCGUUGUGAUAGAAACGGAACCCUAUAUUGUGGUAGAAACUGAAAAAGAAAAAGAGAAGGAGUAUGUGCCACCAGUUCCCUUCCCACAUAGAAUACUGAAAAAUAAAAGGACUGGUGAUGAGGACAAGGAGAGAGAGAUUUUAGAUGUGUUCAGAAAAAUGACGGUAAACACUCCGCUUCUUGAUGUUAUUAAGCAGGUUCCAAAGUAUGCAAAAUUUCUAAAAGAUUUGUGCACAAGUAAGAAAAGGUUGAAGGGCAAUGAGAGAGUAAAUUUGGGACGAAACAUUUCAGCCCUUAUCCAGCCUAAACAUUCACCUGAAAAAGCUAUUGUUUCAUCCCUCAAUUAG